AGCUGUAUCAGAUCGCUGACCUGCUUACUCGCACUGUUGUCCUGCCGCGACAUGUACGAAAGUACGCUACAAUAUAUAGUGCCUUGAGUUUUAUUGUAAAGCCGGAAGAAGUAGAGACGAAGGACGACUCUCAUGCUAACUUCUUCUUUUCCGUUUCUUUGGUUCCAUACGUCUAUGAAGGUGGGCAGCAGUCCUUUUUCUUGUUUGAGUGCGUGUGUGUCUGCGCAACGCCGGUUUGCGGCUCUGCACAGUUGACUGCCUCCUUCGAACGUUUCAAAGAAAUAGGAAUCGCGGAUUUUCAUGAUUUGAUACAUAUAUCUUCAUUAAAUCAUCGACAACAACUGGAAAUCAUGGAAACCGAAUUGUGCUAAUGGAGCAACUGGGACCGGAUUGGAGUGCGAUUGCACUUCUUAUGGCAGAGAAGAGCGCUAACUUCCUCUGUUGUGGAGGAUUAAUUCGCCACACGUUCUGACCCUGACCGCGCUUUUCUCUCUCUGCCUUCUUGAUGAGGACGUAUCGAGCAACACCUUUUUAGCGGCUAUGAGCAAGCCCACGAAAGCUGUCGCGACCACAACGGAAUCGAACAACUAUCAUCCUCUCUCUGGGCCUUCUGUUCUCUGCUUCUUACAACCACUCCCUCCCCGUCGCGCACUGCUCUGGGGAAAAGACAAAAACACUUUCCAUUAAAAAAAUCAUCGCUUUCGUCUCUUGCGCCAAUUUCUUUUGUACUUUGCUCAGUUAAAGUAUCUCUUACAAGAAAAGGGAAGACAAGCGAAGCACGGAGCUGUGCUUUUUACGAGGCCGUCUUGAAUCCAGCUCGUUCAAUACCUCGCCGUCCUCUUCGUGUUCGCUACCGUACUUCCUCCCUUCUUUCCUUUCUUACACAAUGAGUGGAGCUCACCCAAAUCAGCCGUACGAAGACGAGCGUCGCCAGGGCGAGCGCGAAAACACCGAUGUCGCCACCGCCCUUCAAGAUGGCGUGGAGUACCCGGGGGAGGAGUACCCGACGAAAACGGCGAAGGGGAUGGAGGACCUCAACUCCCCCGAUGAGGGCGACCUCUACGACUUCGAGCGCUACGACCCGCAGAUCAACAUCGACCGCGAGGAUGAAAUUCGUGCCGAGCGCCUCAAGCGCCGCCGCGUCCCCACGAACGUCUUCCAGAAGUACUUCAGCUACAUCGUUCCCUACGGUGGCCUGCUGUCGACGGGGUUGAACCUGGCGAGCUCGUCCAUCGGUGCCGGCAUCAUCGCCCUGCCAUCUGCCUUCUACGCCUCGGGCAUCAUCAUGUCCAUCAUCUACAUGGUGGUCAUCGCCUACCUCACCAUCUACUCCUACUACCUGCUCGGACAGGUGGGACACAAAACAGGUCUUCGGAACUACGAGCAGCUCGUCCGCACGCUGAUGGGCCCCGGUGCGGACUACUUCCUCGCCUUCUGUAUGUGGUUUCUCAGCUUCGGUGCGGAGGUGUCGUACGCGAUUUCCCUGAAGGACGUCCUCACCGCGUUUCUGGAGGAUUCGGACAGCUCCCCGGAGUUUUUUCGCAACAUCUGGGGCCAGCGUCUGCUGACGUUUAUUGUGUGGCUGUGUGUGAUGCUGCCACUGUGUCUGCCGAAGGAGAUCAACACGCUGCGCUACUUCUCCUGUGUGGCGGUGCUCUUCAUCAUCUUCUUCGUCGUCUGCAUGGUGGUGCACAGCGCACAGAACGGUCUCCGCCAGCACCCCCGCCCGGAAAUCAAAAUGGUCAACACCGGCAACACCGCCAUCGCUGGUCUCGCUACCUUCAUCUUCGCGUUCCUCUCGCAGCUGAACGCGUAUGAGUGCUACGCGGAGCUCUACAAGCCCUCCCCGCUCCGUCUCACUCUUGGUGCCUCCGUCGGUGUGGCGAUCGUUUUUGUGCUGUACCUCUUCGCCGGCCUCUUCGGCUACCUCGACUUCGGUCCGGACAUGACGGGCUCUGCCCUGAAGAUGUACAACCCUGUGAAGGAUCCGUUGAUGGGUGUCGGCUAUGGCGGUAUCCUCUUUAAGCUGUGCGUUGGCUACGGCCUGCACAUGAUCCCGGUGCGUGAUGCCAUCUACCACUGCAUACACGUGGAUGUGCACACCAUCGCGUGGUGGAAGAACGCGUGUGUGUGCACCUCCAUGGCGGUGCUGUCCCUCAUCGCUGGCCUGUUCAUUCCCAGCAUCAACGUCGUCUUCGGUCUCGUCGGCGGCUUCUCGGGCGGCUUCAUCGGCUUCAUUUACCCUUCGCUGUUGAUGAUGUAUGCCGGUAACUGGACCUUCUCCUCCGUCGGCUGGUUCCACUACUUUUCCACCUACCUUCUGCUGAUUGUCGGUGUGAUCGGUGUGGUGUGGGGCACCGCCUCCUCCAUCUACGGCGAGAUCUAA